GAGCCACAGCGUUGACGAGGAUGACAUUUCUCUUGAGUUAGAAGAUACUACUAUUCGGCCUUAUCGCUCGACUACACCUGUGCCACUACCUCGACAGAAUAUGUUGUACACAGUGUUUCCGGCGUUACAAAAAGAACAGGAUUGGAGAAAGUACUGUCCAGUAAACCAAUACACAUUUCAAAGAACUUGUCUUCCUGGUAAAAAGCUGCGUUAUGAUUUGCAGAUCUUCUGCCAAGAAUUUUCGGAGAAAUGUGGUGUACCCAAUCUGAACCUCUACCCCAAUAGAUUUGCUGAUCCCUCCGACGACGGUCGGCCUAAAGGUUACGGUCAAAAACAGAAAAACGGACAACUCGGACUUGGACGCAGUUUUGGUUUUGGAUUGGGAGCUAUCCCAGGUCAGGAAUUUAUAUGGGUGUCCUACCCAUUCUAA